AUGAUCGCCAAGGGCGAAAAGCCAAAAUCACCUGCAAUGGAGCCGCGAAAUAACUACUGCUUCGAAUACCUCGUGACAAAAGCCAAAAUGCCGCGUCAGCGCACAUGCUGUCCAUUCAUGCAAAGAACGCUUUAUCGGGUGGCGCGAAAUCUCGCUCGGCUGGACCUCGGCUUCACGUGCCCCGACCUCGAGAGCAGCCAGGUGUCGAGUUCGGCGUCAAUCAAGAGAACGUCGUCUCUAUCACCAAGGUCACACAAUAAAAGAGCCUUAGAAGAAAAAGAAGAAAAAGACGACGAAGGUAGGAUCAGUUCGGGAGGUGUUCUGAGUCGACUAAUUCGAGGUACCAUAGGAAGAAAAGAGUUUCCCUUGGGACCCUACGAUAGCCUCUCCUCGAUUCCUCCCUUGAAGUUCACCGAUAACGACACCGUUUGUGAGCAAGAGAUCUCCAGAAAUGCAGAUAUCAAAGUUGGACAGAAUUCUGUGGAACAGGCGUACCAGCCACCACCACUACCUCCACCCGCGCAGCCCAUCAAGCAUCACCAACCACCACUCCAUCUUCCUCCUGGAAUAAAAUGUUGGGCGAGGGAGACCGAGGAGGGAGAUGCUCGUCCGCGAAAUCAGGCCAUCGACCAAGGAAACCCAUCGUCAGUGUCAGCGUCUGCGUCCGUCAUCCCACCAUUUUCUGUCCGGGAACCUGUCGAAAAACAGGUCCAAAAUUGGCUGGAGAGUACAUCAGAUGAGUAUGACAUUCUCUUAAAGCGUGGAGAGACGACAGACAUAACCCUUAGACUGGCGGCGUCAUGCAACAGUGAUAAACAGGACAUUUUCGACGUCAUAUCAACUGAGCAGGGUUUUGGCGUUAAGUCCUAA